AUGUCACUUCCCCACGAACUCGAGCUGGCCUAUAAGGUCGCUGUCAUCAGCGGCGCAUCCCGAGGCAUCGGUCGCGCCAUCGCCUACAACCUCGCCUCUCGAGGUUGCUCUAUUCUCGGCACAUGCACCAGCGAAGACGGGGUCGAGUCGCUAUCGACUGGACUCAACAACCAGAUCACAAAGGACGUCUACAAGACGUUGUACGAUCGACCCUACAAUCAUAUCAUCAAAGGCAUUAUCGCCGACGUUUUCUCGCCUGAGUGCGCCAAGACCAUCGCCGACGCGCUACAAGAACACUUCGAUGGCCACGUCGACAUCUUCGUCAAUUCCGCGGGCGACCCUAUGCCCGGUGUCAUCGGCGAAAUGGGCACCGAUGAGAUCCAACGAAGCCUCCUCGGCAACGUUCAGACACCAGUCCUCAUUGUCGAAGAGCUCGUCCGACGAAAGUACUUUCAGCCCAACAGCCGCAUCAUCUACAUUUCCUCCGUCCGCUCCCGCCUUCCCUGGGCCGAUCAACUCAUGUACGCAGCCACCAAAUCCGCCGGUGAAUCGCUCUGCCGAACUUGGUCCCAGGCCUUUGGUGGCAAAGACGAGCGGUAUGCCUUCAUGGCUGGCACCACAGCGAACGCGGUCAUGGCCGGGCUGACUGAGACCGACGCUGUCAUGGACUGCGGCCCCGAGGCAGUCAAGAAGUUUCAGGAUGAAUUCUUUCCGUUGCAGAGCAGCCCCAAGUUUGGACAGCCGGAGGAUGUGGCGGAUGUUGUGGGCAUGCUUUGUGGAUACGAUGGGCGAUGGAUCACGGGGUCGGUGAUUAGUGCAAGUGGAGGAUGCAUCAAGAUUGGGUAA